AUGACAUCGGGUGGCAGUGCUGUCUGCGUGAUGAUUGCCAGGGCCAUGGCCAGCAGCGGGCAGGUGGCGAAAUCGGGGUCCGGGAACAGCGAGAGGCCCUGCUCUUCGGAAGUCUUCAUGCGUAUAAAGCGAACGAAGAGCAUCUCACCAGCGUCUAUCGACACGUUCUGCUUGCGUAGAAGCGCGAGGUCGGAAGCGCGGCCAAACAGGUACCACAACAGGCAGAGUAAGGCAGCGUCUUGGUAG